AUGGCAUCGUGGAACUUCAGAGCAUCUUCGUCAUCACAAAACAUUGAUGAACAAGAACCUUUGAUACUAGAUAAUGUUGAUGAUUUCAGCACAUAUGAUGAAAUGGAUAACCUACUUCGCGAUAAACACGAAUACCACAACGGUUGUCAAUGGCGAUUGAGGGCAAGCUACAGCAAAGUCCGUAAAUAUUGGGAAAUCAAAAAUAUUGAGGGCCAACAUACUUGUUUCUCAAACAUACUAUCUCAAGAUCAUACAAAUCUUGAUAUUACUCACAUUGUCGCAAUUGUAUCAAAUUUUGUCCACACAAACCCCUCCAUUCCCAUCAAAAGUUUGAUUGCAUAUAUUAAAGCUCGAUUCGGAUAUUCCGUGUCAUACAGAAAAGCUUGGAUCGCAAAGCAAAAGGCUCUUGCUAUGGAGUUUGGUGAUUGGGAAGAGUCUUAUAACCAUCUACCGAGGUGGUUGCAUGCGGUGAAGGAAGCAAACCCUGGUACAAUAUUACAGUGCACCGGUUCUCCAGUGGAGAUUGAUGGACAAACAGACAAUAAUUGCUACAUUAUGGAAAGAGUUUUUUUGUCUUUUAGUCCUUGCAUACAAGGAUUCAAAUAUUCUAAACCUAUUCUCCAAGUCAAUGGGACGUUUCUAACGGGAAAAUAUCAUGGAACUUUGCUCACCGCCAUGAGUCUGGAUGGCAAUAGAAAUCUUUUUCCAGUGGCAUUUGCAAUUGUAGAAGGUGAGACAAAGGAGGCCAUGAUAUGGUUCUUUCAACUACUUCGAGAACAUGUUUGCCCUCAACCAAAUAUUUGCAUCAUCAUUGACAGAGGAACGGGUAUCUUAUCCGCCUUAAGAUCAGAAGAAGUUGGUUGGGAAGAAGAAGGUUUGAACUUUGUUUAUUGCAUACGUCAUCUAGCCUCCAACUUCAACAACAAAUUCAAAAAUCACGACCUCAAAAAGCAAUUCAUCAAUUUAGCUUACGAGGUCAAGCAACCUACUGUUACAGCAAAGCUUACUGCACUAAGACACCACUACACACAACAAGUUGCUUGGAUAGAUAAAAUUCCAUUAAAUAAAUGGUCUCAAGCUUUUGAUGGAGGGAGAAGAUAUGGACACAAUCAUGGUUUCUUGAACGAGGACUAA